AUGGCUUGCACGAUCGUGCCACGCGCUCGUUGCGCUCGGCGCGUCUUGCUCGCGCUUUUGCAGCUCUGCAUGGUGCGCGGCCGCUGGCUCGCGGCGCCGAAUCCUGCACUGCAGGAGCUGCAGAGCACUAGGGGUUGGCAGUUCGUGCUGCACAAGCAGGGCGUCAAGGUCUGGAAGCGCACGGGCUGCGACGACCACGCGAACUUCGCCGUCAAGGCGACGAUGACCAUGCCCUGCACGGCCCAGCAGCUGGCGAGCAUCCUGACGACGCGCGACUACGACGUCAUCCGAAAGUUCAACCCGACGAUCGUCGACGGCGCGGACCUCGAGUGGCGCGACGGCCGCAGGGAGCGCAUCACCUACAUCCUCACGAAGCCCGUCUUCCCGCUGCGGCCGCGCGACUUCGUCUGCCGCGUGCGCCGCGAGCGCGUCGGCGACGCGGAGCUGAUCACGAACGAGGCGGCGACGCACCGGCGCGCGCCCGCGCCGCGGCGCACGGUCCGCGGCGAGCUGCGGGGCCUGCACCUCGUCGAGCCGGCGGGCGACGGGUGCUGCCUCUACACCUGCGUCCACGAGAUCGACCCGGGGGGCGCGGCGCCGCGGCGACUCGUGAACUGGUUCGCGCUGCGGAAGCCCCUCCAGUACAUGCGCCAGCUCCGCGACGUCGCCGCCGCGACGUUCCCGCGAUAA